ACGUCACACUGCAGGGCGCUGGACGGCCAGUGCGAACACGACUCACAGAAAAGGCAGGACUCGAACGCAAAAGGACUAGGCAGCUGUUGAAAAAUACCUCUUCUUUUCCUCAGACGUGGUGUCAAACUAACUUUUUUCUUUUGGAUAAAUUCAAAUAGGAAGAAAACAUGUACAUGCAGGCUACGGUACACCUUGGGCUUCCCUCUCAGGUGCAUGAAGAUGACUAAAAAACGCAAACGCCCUGAUCAAGCAAACGCUCAAGCUGUUCUGACGAAGCUUGAAAAACCCAAGCAAGUCUUUAAACGCACAACCGAAAUGUUCGCUUCAUGCAUACGCUUUUGGAAAUGUUUUUGGAAAUGUUACCAGUCAGAAAGCGAUUGCUUGAACUUACUAGCAGCAACAUUGGCUUACUCAUUUUUAUGCAUACGGAAUCAAGCAAAAACAAUAUCUACUUUUGACCCAUUGACGAGGUUACUGAUUUCGACGAAGCUGACCUUUUAAGGUCACUAGUUAAGAACAAACCCAGGAAACAAGAAAAGGAAGACAGAGAAAGGACGGAUGUCUGGGAAAUGAUACCUGUUACCUUACUACCCACGGGAUUCUGUACAUGUCGUCGCUACUUUCAGGAAUCCCCUGUGUUUUGUAAAUUAUUGAUGCUCACUUCAACUAAUUCAGACCUUCUAAUUGCUGUAUAAUAGAUUUCUGCGGAAAACUGAAAUUCGUACAUUUCUGAAGGAUAUAAACAAAUGAGGAUGACUUUGGUUUGAUAAGAAAAAAAAUGAACGAUGGAAAAAAUGAAAGUGAGCAUGAUGCUUUUGGCAAUUUUUACCGUGAUUUCAAACUCAUUUCUGCCUGCAACUGCAGUCCCUAACUUUGAUGUAGAACCUAGGGAUGUUGAUGUCGUAGAGGGCGGGCUUGCCACAUUCUGGUGUAGUGUAGCUGACCAUGGAGAUGCCAAUCUGUACUGGCGUUAUGUUGACGGUGAAGGUUACGUCGGGAUUUUAUCCGAGAACGAAGACACACAGAUCUAUGCUCCCCUACACGGUGAAUUGACACAGAGGAUCUCAAUAAAAGGAGACUUUAACCAGGGUGUCUACAACCUCUUUAUUAAGAAUGUUACCAUGUCGGAUCAGAAACAAUAUUUUUGCUCUGCCAUCACACAAGAUUCUGUUUCUUUUGAUUCAAGAAAAGCCAGACUCACCGUUCAACCAAGGACCCGUCCUGAAGAUUCCUUACACGCAUGUUCGGCUAAAGCAAUAUCACCUCCAAACAUAUUCAACGUUGGGUCGUUAGUACGCUUCACAUGCGCAACGCCAGCAGGUUCUCCACCGCAAACACUGGCCUGGAUUUUCAUGGAAAAUGGAAUACGAACUCUUCUAGUAGCAUGUCCAGAGUCCCCAUGUAUUCAUAAUCGGUUGAUGUCUGUCGAUGACAUCAAUAGAACAUUUGUAUGUGAGUUGCGUGAUUCGAUCUUGAAUCAGGUUGAAUGCACUUAUACACCGCUGCAACGUCAGGUCGAAGUUGUAGUAGAUCCACCUUUGUUCCAGCACCCACCUGGUAUUCGGCAAGGGUUCAUCUGUUUACCGGUAAACUAUGAUCCAAAUAAUUUAUUAUUUGAGUGGUAUCACAAUUCUGAGCUCAUACCUAAUGGGACAGGUCAUUCGUUUUUAAAUCUAAUGAUCAGUCGAGAUGACGCUGGCUCCACGUUAUCAUGUGUAAUUUCAUCCCUUGAAGGGUCUUUCCGUGGUAUGGGACAAGCUAGGAUUGAACCUUUUGAUCCCAGUGAAUUAUUUCCUGACGUUGAGGGCUCUUCAUCGCCUCCUCUUGACCAAUGUACCACGAGACCAACCAAGACACGAAUAGUUUCUAGCAAAUCUCAAACCGUCGUGAAAUACACUACAAUAUCACCAUCGAAUGAGGGAGCUCACCUCUCCAUUCAGCCUAUAGGAGAGAUAAGUGAUACUUCCCCAACCAAUCUCUCAAUUCUAGUUGUUGUGUCCGCCAUUGCUGGAGCCCUUGUAACUAUGCUCCUUUGUGCUAUUGGAUUGGUCAUGAUUCUUUUUGUUCGCAAAAGGCGAAAGCAUAAUAUGAAUAUGCAACAUUCUGAGGCCACGCAGAUUAAUGGUAACCGUGGCCAGUAUGAAAUGGGCUUCGUUGAAACGAAGAAAAUGGAAAGGUGUAUAGAAGGAGAACAUAACGGAACUGAUCCGCAGCGACUAUCGACAUGCUCGGACACCGUAGGUAAUUUGGACCGGUUUUAUGUCACACUUGAACCAGAUGAAAACGAAGUGGCGAAAGAUGUAGAUGAGUUUAAGAAAGUGGAAAGGGAAAGUAUUGAGGCUGAUGAGUUAUCAGCAUUUGGGCCACCUUGUACGCCUAAUGAAUACGCAAGACCUCAGUCGAAACCAACGGUGAUUUCAGAUCAGAUUCAAGAUGGGAUUCAAGGGUUGCCUAUGAUCCACCAAAGGACUAUGUCUGCAAGUGCAUAUGCAGUGACUGAUGUAGUGUCACAUGAGGGUCGUUUCAUUUUCAAAGGCAUGUCUGGUCGUGAUGAGGCUCAUAUGGGUGUUUGUCGUCUCCCGUCAGGAGAACGCUCGGCAACAAUGUCUCGAGCACCUACGAGAAAUCAAACUGCCCCACCGCUUCCUGCUAGGACACUUCCCCGAACAGUUUCAGUCAAUGAUCAGACUCCUAUUGAUGUUGGCCAAUCGGACUCUGGGAACACAAAGGAAAACUUGAAGGGCAAAUCUAAGAGCAGUUUUGGGAAUCGGUGGCCCUGGUCGUUUAAAAACAACAAACAUGGUGCAGAAACACCGGAGUGCUCUAUCGAUUCUGAAAUUGCUCUCGAAAUACCGGAAGCCAAUUCAAGUGAAAACGAAAACCGACGGUUAUCUCUUGUAAGUGGCGGCAGUGGGGACUACGCGGAGAUUAUUAGCGUUGAUAAAGAUAUCGACCAAAACCCAAACAAAAGGCAUUCCAUAGCUUGUGAGAGAUUGGACAGUAUUCCAGAGCGUAUUGCCACAGGAAAUAACUAUCAAGAUGUCUCAGCAUAUUCCUCAUCGAAAGCUCAUAUGCAAAACCAACCUAAAAUCGGAAAGGAUUUAACCACCGAAUCAGGGUACGAUCGGUUAUCCCGACCAAACCAGGUCCAAGAGUCGCCUUUACAACGGUCACGAACCAUGCCAAUUUACGCUAAAGUGAAGAAAUCAAAAAGUCUUGAUAACGAUGGAAGCAGAAGAGCAACAAAAGAAACUAUUCACGAAAAUAAAAGCCAAAAUAGAAAAGAUAAAUCAGAUCCGAAGCUUCUACGCAGCAUGUCAGAGGGUACAGCGCUAUAUAGCGGUAAUCAUAAAUUGAAAGCGAUUGGAGGCUACGAUACCGUAGAAAUAACAGAGAAACUUGAUCAUAUCUUGGUACAAAUGAGAAAUGGAUUUACCGGAGAAACUGUUGAUAUACCUGAGGUAGAGAACAAGGAGGCAAAUACGAAUAAAGGGAGUCAUUUUGCUGACAUUGUUUAAAUAAUGUUAUAUCAUUCCACAAAGAAAAAUAGGUUAAACUUUGCACCUUUAACACGUUAAAAGGUGCAGACCAGAUGGCGCACCUUUAAGGUGCAACUUUGUACCUUUUUGGAAAGGUGCAAAUUAGCACCUGUAAGGUGCAGAAUAUCACCCCAUAGGUAUUUAUUUGCAUCAAGAAAAGUAUGAAUUAAACCUUAAAGGUGCAUUGUGACAUCUAGUGAGCGUUUCAUUAACAUUUUCAUCCAACAUCUGGGGCCCGUUGCAGAAAGAGUUGCAAUCGAUCGCAACUCUAAAAAUCGUGCGCAACUUGAUUUUCAAGCAAUCAACAGCGCGCAUUUGGGACUUGCAAUUGAUUUUUUGACUUGCGUUUAAACGCAACUCUUUCUGCAACGGACCCUUUCUUUCCCUGGUUUUGAUUGGCUGAGAGGCACUGUUACUAUGGUAACUAUAAGACUGCCAUGGAUCCUACUUGUAAGUUAUUGGGUGAUCACAGCCUUGUUAAUAAUUCAUGUGCAUAAGCGGAUUUUUUUAAUUACGAUGAACGUUUGAAAAUAUUGAUAUUUUACGUUACGUAGCAAUUUAAGCCCUUGCGUUGGCGUCACCGAAUUAUUUGUAUAUAAAUAUUAUAUAUACGUGCAUGUAAUUAGUUUUAUCUGGCUUAAUCAUCAUAAUCUCGCGACUUUAAGUUUAGUUGGGAGGUAGGGUUCCCAUGUACCCUAUUGAUAUAUUUUUGUAACUUACAUUUUGUUAUUCCUCAAGGUGUCAAGUGAAUGAAUACAAAAAUGUAAAUUAGAAAAAUAUAUCAAUAGGGUGCAUGAGAAUCCCCGACUAUUUUGGGGUUUGUUGUUGUUGUUUUUUCUCCCUAUCCCCUUCUCUCUUCCUCUUUCUCUGGCUCUCCUCCUCUCACAUAAAAUGGCUAAUAUUAGCUGAAAUUCUGGUAGAUGUUUACCAAUAAGUUUUUGUUUUCCAUUAUUCUUGGUCGGACACAUUCACCAAGACGAUCAUUAUUCUGACCAAUCCUUAGGCAUGUUAGGGGUGUAGAUGUAUAUGCUUUAUUAAGAAGGAUGCAAGAUUCAAGAAAUCUGAGCCAUUAGAUGAAGCAGUAUCAGCACGGAACUGAGAAUUAAAGAUUUUUAAAAAUUCAUUCUUUACUCCCUUGACCUUCCCCAAAGAAUGAAAUAAAGUAUAAAAUACAAAUUCCUUAUCACAGAACAAAACUUGAAAAUUCUGUAAAUGUCUGAAAUAAACGUUUUAUUUAUUUUGAUUUGUCACUUUUGUGUCCCAUGAUCGAUCGGACACAAACAACCUAGAAGUAAUAUAAAGUGUUAAAAUGUUCAUUGUGCUAACAAAGUUGUUAAAAAAGGACACAAUUGAAUUUGUAUGAAAUAUAUAACGAAAAAUAAAUUGUGAAAAAUGUA